AUGAAAUUAAGUGAUACUACAAUAUUGACUACAGCUACAUUUAUUACCAGCAUUGGUGCUCUUUUGACUUUGAUUGGCUUAACAACGCCACGAUGGUUAAAAAAUGGUUAUGGCCUUUGGAAUUGUAGGAAUGUUUGUUCACCAUCUGCUGCUACUUUGACUGUUUUAGCAUUGAUUUUUCUUGUGAUUAGUAUUGUUUUAUUAAUAGUUAUACUUGUUCGUUUAUUACCUGAAAAAUUAAGAAUCAUACCAUUGGGUUUACUUGUUAUUGCGACACUUUUUCUUAUAAUUGCUACUACAAGAUAUUUACGACGUUUUGGAAUUGUUGAUUAUAGUUUUGAAUUAAUAACUACAGCUCAUGCUUUUGCCUUUAUUGCUUCAGUUCUACUUGCGUUUUGGCUUGGCACAAAAAUGAAUGAAAACUCAAUUAGAAAUACUACAAGAUCUACAUUACCAUCGUCAACCAUUGUUUUUUCUUCAUCAUAA